ACGUCGGCCAUAAUUGAGUGGAGCGGCGUGUUCGGCGUGCCGCUCGUUCCUUUUGCGUUUGUGCGUUGUACGGUAGACGAGGUACGUACGGAGUAAUCCGUUUCGAUCGGCAAAUUAACGUAGCCGGGAGUGAUUCAGAAUGACCGAAACUCUACAACUGAGAGGCACGCUUCGCGGUCACAAUGGAUGGGUCACGCAAAUCGCGACGAACCCGAAAUAUCCGGACAUGAUAUUGUCCUCUUCACGUGAUAAGACUUUGAUCGUAUGGAAAUUGACUCGUGACGAGGCUAACUAUGGUAUCCCACAGAAGCGUCUCUAUGGCCACUCGCACUUCAUAAGCGAUGUGGUCCUUUCGUCCGACGGUAACUACGCUCUGUCCGGCUCGUGGGACAAAACGUUGCGCCUUUGGGAUUUGGCGGCGGGCCGUACGACUAGACGAUUUGAAGACCAUACCAAGGACGUUCUGAGCGUCGCUUUCUCCGUGGACAAUCGUCAGAUUGUAUCCGGUUCGCGCGACAAGACGAUCAAGCUGUGGAAUACAUUGGCCGAGUGCAAAUACACCAUUCAGGACGAUGGGCACACCGACUGGGUCAGCUGUGUGCGCUUCUCUCCGAACCACGCGAAUCCCAUCAUCGUCUCUGCAGGCUGGGAUCGUGUUGUCAAGGUCUGGAACUUGACGAACUGCAGACUGAAGAUCAAUCAUAGUGGUCACACAGGGUAUCUGAAUACCGUUACGGUAUCACCUGACGGAUCACUCUGCGCAUCUGGCGGCAAGGAUUGCAAAGCUAUGCUGUGGGAUCUGAACGACGGGAAACAUCUCCACACUUUGGACCAUAACGACAUCAUUACAGCGUUAUGCUUCAGCCCUAAUCGUUACUGGCUGUGCGCCGCGUUUGGACCGUGGAUAAAAAUCUGGGAUCUCGAGACUAAGGAGAUGGUCGAGGAACUGAAGCCCGAAGUCGUGUCCGCCACCAGUAAAGCGGAGCCUCCUCUCUGUCUGUCCCUCGCGUGGUCCACCGACGGCCAGACGCUGUUCGCUGGCUAUUCCGAUAACACUAUUCGCGUGUGGCAAGUUUCUGUUUCUAGCAGAUAAAUACUUUGUAAUAAAAACUUAAAAUCGAUUCUCUUCAACAUUA